CGGGCUUGGCCCGUAUUUUCUUUUUUGGGUUUGGCCCGUAUUUUGGAGCCGGACGUUUUGGCAUUAAUGACCCGUUUUCCGUUGAAAGUUGAAACUCAGAACGUAACCAGUGCACGUGUGACGCGUGUGCGGCAACCUCAGGCGCCAGAAAUUCAAAAAAAGGAAAUGAAUAUCUAUUGCUUUUUCUCUCAGGUGCGCCUAAGCAAACGGAAAAAAUAACCAAAUUAAUAACAGAAGUGCUCAAAUAGCCGUUACUCUGCCAUCUCCGCCUCUCUCUCUCUCUCUCUCUCUCUCUGAACUUGACCGCAAAGUCACAGACCUCUUAGCAUUUCGAUAAUAUAGUCUCCUUCUUCACUGGCACUCUGGACUUCAACAACUGUUUAUCUCUCAAUCUUCAAGAACUCCAUUUUUACUAGUGGAGGCUAGUAAGUGAAGAUGAUGCCUGGGACACCGGCAACACCAUUGUCUAAAAUCCGAAGGAACCUUUAUUCCACUCCGGGUGGUUCAAAAGUUCAUGAGGAGAAAAUUUUAGUCACUGUUCGUUUGAGGCCGCUUAACCGGAGAGAGCAAGCAAUGUACGAUCUUAUUGCUUGGGACUGCCUGGAUGAGCACACUAUUGUUUUCAAGAAUCCAAAUCAUGAGCGGCCUGCAAACCCAUACACCUUUGAUAAGGUUUUUGGCCCAAUGUGCUCAACUCAAAAGGUCUAUGAAGAAGGAGCCAAGGAUGUUGCUUUAUCUGCACUUACAGGAAUGAAUGCAACAAUUUUUGCAUAUGGGCAGACUAGUAGUGGUAAGACAUUUACCAUGAGAGGAAUCACUGAACAUGCUGUGAAAGACAUCUUCGAACACAUCAAGAAUACGCCGGAGAGGGACUUUGUUUUGAAAUUUUCUGCUUUGGAGAUCUACAAUGAAACUGUUGUUGACCUUCUGAAACGCAAAUCUACGUCACUGCGGCUUUUGGAUGACGCUGAGAAAGGGACCAUUGUGGACAAAACACAAGAACAAAUUGUUCAGGAUGGCCAACAUUUGAGGCAAUUAAUUGAAACAUGUGAAGCUCAAAGGCAAGUGGGAGAAACUGCCCUAAAUGAUAAAAGCUCAAGAUCGCACCAGAUAAUCAGGCUGACCAUCGAAAGCAGCCUCCGGGAGAGUUCAGGGUCUGUGAAGUCAUUUGGAGCCAGUUUGAAUUCUGGAAUUCUGCAGAAUCUUGUGGACCUUGCUGGAAGUGAACGUGCCUCCCAAACAAAUGCAGAUGGUACAAGAUUGAAGGAAGGUAGUCACAUUAAUCGUAGCUUGUUGACACUCACAACCGUUAUCAGGAAGCUAAGUGGUGUGAAAAGAUGUGGUCACAUACCAUACAGGGAUUCAAAACUUACACGAAUACUGCAGUCUUCACUUGGGGGAAAUGCUCGGACAGCCAUUAUAUGUACCAUAAGCCCAGCCUUAAGUCAUGUAGAGCAAACAAGGAACACGCUCUCAUUUGCAACUAGUGCCAAGGAAGUCACUAAUACUGCGAAAAUAAACAUGGUACAAGAAUUAACAGCAAUUCCUUCUCUUCUAGAUUGUGGAACCUCAUUAUUCAUUUAUUGUAAAUUUGCCUUACCUCGUAUGCAUAAUUUUCAGAAGGAAAUAGCCAGACUUGAAGCAGAGCAACGAAGUCCAGGGCCUUCCUAUUUUAUGUCUAUACUAGAAGAAAAGGACUUGAAAAUCAAACAGAUGGAGAGGGAAAUGGAAGAGCUAAAGCGAGAAAGAGACCUUGCACAGUCACAACUUGAAUCAGAACGCAAAGUAAAGAAAGUGCAGAAGGAAUCGAACCAAUUUGGGCCCUCUGCUCAAGUCGCCAGGUGUCUUUCUUUUCCUGGAGAGAAUGAAACAGUUCCUAUUCAUAGUAGCGAUACUCCACAGUCUCAGACCAGAGCUCCAGUUCAAAGGAAGGCAAUGGUGAGGAGAUCAGUUACUUCUACAGACCCAUCCAUGCUUGUGCAUGAAAUCCGAAAGCUCGAUGAACGACAGAGGCAGCUUGGUGAUGAGGCAAAUCGAGCACUUGAAGUACUGCAUAAGGAGGUAGCAUCCCAUCAGCUGGGAAAUAAAGAAACUGCUGAAACUAUAGCAAAGCUGCUGUCCGAAAUAAAGGACAUACAAGCUGUUAGAUCCAUUGCUGACGAAUCUGUGACUGGAGAUGGGGCCAACCUGAAAGAUGAAAUCACUCGAUGGAAAUCUCAGGCAAAAGAUAUUCAAUCUUUAGAAAGGAAGCUUGAGAAUGUUCAGAAAUCUAUAGACCAGCUGGUGUUUUCUUUUACAAAUAGUGAGGAAAUUUCAGAAUGCAAGACUCCGUCAAAAAAGAAAAAGAUCCUUCCUUUCAACUUGAGCAAUAGUGCAAACAUGCAGCAUCUGAUUCGCUCCCCUUGCUCAACCCUGACCCCUUCUCGUAAAGUGAUGGAAUAUGAGACUGAGAACAAGGUGCCUGAGAACAACGAUGCUAUGCCUAGUGAUGACACAGUGGUUGGGAGAUGUAAAGUUACUCCACCAAAGAGCGAUAAGUCAUUCAAAGAGGGAAGUCCUGCUGUGCAGCAUUCAAACACAGUUAAUGUGAAGAAAAUGCAAAGGUUGUUCAAGAAUGCUGCUGAGGAGAAUAUACGUAGCAUUAAAGCUUAUGUUACUGAGUUAAAAGAACGGGUGACGAAGCUUUCAUACCAAAAGCACCUUCUGCUGUGCCAGGUUAUUGCAUUGGAGGAAGAUCAAGAAGCUGGAGUUGAUGAGCCAGAUAAAAUUGACGAAUCUCUUCCUGAGACAUGGCAGCUGACUUUUGAGGAGGAGAGGAAGGAAAUUGUCAUGCUGUGGCAUUUGUGCCAUGUUUCAAUUAUACACCGCACACAAUUUUAUAUGUUAUUCAAGGGAGACCCUACUGAUCAGAUUUACAUGGAAGUGGAACUUCGAAGAUUGCAAUGGCUGGAGAGACACUUCUCGGAUCUUGGCAAUGCAAGUCCGGCACUUUUAGGCGAUGAACCUGCAGGCUCAGUCUCAGCUAGCAUCAAGGCUCUAAAGCAAGAAAGAGAAUAUUUAGCUAAGAGGGUGAGUUCUAGACUGACAGCAGAUGAAAGAGAAAUGCUUUAUGUGAAAUGGGAGAUUCCACCAGGAGGAAAACAGAGGAGGCUGCAACUCGUGAACAAAUUGUGGACAGAUCCUCAUAACAUGCAACAUGUACAAGAAAGUGCUGAAAUUGUUGCCAAGCUGGUGGGCUUCUGUGAAUCUGGUGAACAUGUUAGCAAGGAGAUGUUUGAACUCAAUUUUGCACACCCUUCUGAUAAGAAAACAUGGAUGGGCUGGAACUUGAUAUCAAAUCUCUUGAAUCUGUAAAACAGUAGUGUAAAUUUUUUUUGUUAUGUAAGCUGUGCAUCCAGGAACAAGAAUUGUGAUGUAUGUACUAAUUUGCAAUUUCAAUGAAUGUAAAUGGUUAUUUUAGUAGUAAUAUU